AUGCCGCUUCCAGCCAAGAACGUGGCCGUCGAUAUGAUCAGGGGCCACCGGCGACCGAAUAUGUUCAACAUUGGCAGGAGAGACGCCCCGAGCAAAUUACAAAUCGUUAAUGACCACGGCCCGUUGAAUAUUGCAUCUUCAGCGUCUUCACCUGGGCGGGAGCGGAGCUUACAUGGUCAAGAAGAUUCCAUUAGCGACCCAGAUAUAGUUGUCGCCUCCGCCCAGGUCGGCGACGAUGACUGCUCAAUCCCGAAGAGAAAGCGUAGAGCUUCCUUGAGCGAGACUCCAAACCCUCAUGUCAGCGAGGAAGGCUCGAAUAUUUCACGCAAGCGGGGCUACCGCGCGACUGAGGAGGCUGCCGAACUCCAGUCUGAGCAGAUAUACCUCUGCGAUCGAUGCAAGUCAGUUGACCUCUAUGAGGCAUUCAAAUUCUCUCCCGAAGUUUGCGAAGCCCGCGGUCGGGUGAUCAUGCCGUUAGGAAAUAUUACUACCGAUAUGGAGGAUUCCAGCUGCUCUAUGUGCCGCUUAUUCGCCUCUGUCCAUGCCCCCAAUGCAAAUGAUCCCAAAUACGAAGUUGACGCCCACCAGCUUCGUGCAUUCGAAAUAUCUUCCUUGCUUUCGAGCAGCCAGAGAAAGAAUCGGAUCAUGGCGAAUUCCGAGUUUAUUCUAGGGGUCCUGCCUGUACUCUGGGAGAACGUAAUAAUCGUAAGUACAGGGCAGGAAUGCCUGAGCCAUGGACUUCUUGCGGCAAUCGCUCCAUCUGACCGCCCCGCUGCCCGCACACGAGGCUUCGCAACCCACUUGGUAGAUUCAAUGAAGCCAAAUUAUGAUCAGAUACGGAAAUGGAUUGGUCAGUGUCAGAAACAGCACCGUGGAAUAUGCGAACUGGACGUCCCACUCCCCACUACUAGACUCAUGUGCGUUGACUGCUCCACUGGCAAAGUCAUCCAGAUCAAGAAGGGUUAA